AUGUUGAAGUUACGCGAAGAUACGAUAGGACGCGCAAGCACUAUCAGCCUGUCGGUCGAAGCGGGUUUACGUUUUAUCGGAAUGUGGCCACAUUGUGUAUAUUCGAAUAUCAAUUGGUGGACUUAUAUCAUUUCGGUGGCAAUAAUGCAAUACUUUCAGUAUGCGUAUAUUCUGGCACACUUCGACAUCAGCGAUCUCUCGGUUUUUGUAGAUGGCCUGAGCAUCACAUUCGGCUACAGUCUGUCGUUCUUCAAACUGAUCAAUCUGUGGUUCAAUCGUCGAAAGUUGUUCGCCAUUCUGGAUACAAUGGAUAAAGACUGGAGCGACGGGAUCGCAAUCAAUUCGGACGUGUCCACAAUGAUCAGAUACGCCAACUGGUCGCGUCAAUGCUCCAACAUAAUGAUCACUACGAAUGCAUUAGCCGUGUUCUUUUAUGUAAUCGGAGGUUUAAUACGGUCAAUAAUUCAAAAGAACGAUGGUUCAACUCGCGAGCUGCCCAUCAAAAUGGAAUUUCCUUUUAAGGUUGACAAUUCCCCGAUUUUUGAACUGAUAUUGAUACUUCAAUUCUUUCAUGAUUUAUCUGUAGCUUGUAUCAUCGCUAUGCUGAACGCUUUGCUCGUUACGCUGGUACUACACGUAAGUGGUCAAAUUGAUAUUAUGCUGCAAGGAUUCAUGGAAAUUUCCUCUAAACAUACAUCAAAAUCUUCUCUGGCUGCUAUUAAAGAUUUAGUUAAUAGACAUCAGAGAAUCAUCGAUUUGUCAGACGAUAUUGAAGACCUUUUCUCAAACAUCGCAUUGUUGCAAUUUAUCUGGAAUACUUUGGUCAUCUGUUGCAUAGGCUUUGUGAUUGUAAUAUCUAUCGGUACGGAAGAAGGCUCUACGAUGAUAACAAAAUCUCUCAUUUUUUACGUUGCGAUAACUCUCGAGGCAUUUGUUUUUUGCUACGCUGGAGAAUAUCUCAGUGCCAAGAGUAAAUCCAUCAGCGAUGCUGCGUACGAGUGCCUGUGGUACGAUCUAACGCCCAGCGAGUGUCGCAUCUUGAUGUUCCUUAUGUUGAGAUCACAGAAACGGUUAACCAUCACUGCAGGCAAGAUAACUGAUCUGUCCUUGGAAGGUUUCACAACCUCCACGAUGAUAAGCGUAGCGGAUCUGUCGCAUCGCUGCACAAACGUGAUGAUUAGUAUCAAUGCCUUAGCUGCCUUUUUCCUUUCAAUUGGCGAGCACUUGCUUCAAUCGAUGGGCGACAUCAAUGGAGUUGAUAAUAAUUCUCGGGAACUUCCUAUAAAAAUGGAGUUUCCUUUCGAUGUCAGUGAAUCUCCUAUUUUUGAGUGCUUUUUAAUCGGGCAAUUCCUUUACGAAUUAGUGUUGGCUUCUAUAGUUGGUAUGGUGAAUGCGUUACUCGUCUCAUUGAUACUUCAUGUAAGCGGACAGAUUGACAUUAUGCAACAAGAUAUAAAUGAAAUUUCUAACAGCAAAUACAAUCCCAGCUUAUCCUUAAUUGUUAUCAAAGGCCUUAUUUGCAAACACCAAAAGAUUAUUACUUUGUCAGAAAAUAUUGAAAAUUUAUAUACUUAUAUUGCAUUAAUGCAACUUUUAUGGAAUACUUUGGUCAUCUGCUGCACUGGUUUUGUGAUUAUAAUCACCAUUGGUACCAACGCUAGUGCAACAACUUCAAUCAAAUCUGUGAGUUUUUAUAUUGCAAUUACUCUAGAAGUUUUCAUACUCUGCUUUGCCGGAGAAUUUUUGAGCGCCAAGAGUAGGUCAAUUAGCGAUGCGGUUUAUGAGUCACUUUGGUACAAUAUGCCACCGACAAACAGCCGUAUUUUAUUGUUUAUGAUAUUAAGAUCGCAAAAACGAUUGACGAUCACUGCAGGAAAAGUUGUUGAUUUAACUUUGGAAGGAUUUACAAUUGAGAUCGGCCUCCGUUUCAUCGGCAUGUGGCCGGAUUCGGCUUAUCCAAAUCUUUAUUGGUUUAGCUACAUGACAACAAUAGCAAUAGUGCAAUAUUACCAAUACACGUACAUAUUUGUACACUUUGACUUGAACGAUCUUUGGCUUCUCAUGGACUGUCUUGGUCUUACCCUAGCAUACAGCCUCGCUUUUCUCAAGCUUUUUGUUCUAUGGUGGAAUCGUCGGAUAUUUUAUCAUAUUGUGAAGGCGAUAGAUAAAGAUUGGAGUGAGUGUGUUAUUAAUGAUUCGUAUAAAUCUACGAUGGUGACCAUGGCAGAUCUGUCGCGCCGUUUUGCUAAUGUAUCUUUCAGUAUUUAUGCCUUCUCUGCUUUCUCUCUGUCAAUUGGCGAGCAUUUGCUUCAGUCGAUGAAUGAUCAGUUCGGCAAUAGUUCUCGAGAACUUCCUAUAAAAAUGGAAUUUCCUUUCGACAUUAGCAAAUCACCGAUUUUCGAAUGUUUUUUAAUUGGACAAUUUCUUUAUGAUUUGUUGAUAGCUUCUGUGGUUAAUUUAAUAAAUGCAUUACUUGUUGCAUUGAUACUUCAUGUGAGCGGUCAGAUCGAUAUUAUGCAACAAGACUUAUUUGAAAUUUCUAACAAAAAAUACGAUCGCAGUACAUUUCUACCCGUUAUCAAAAGUUUUAUUUGCAAUCAUCAAAAGAUUAUUACUUUAUCAGAAAAUAUUGAAAAUUUGUAUACCUACAUUGCGCUGAUGCAAGUUCUGUGGAACACGUUGGUUAUGUGUUGUACUGGUUUUGUAAUUAUAAUUAUCGUUCGUAGUGGAGAAGAUACAACAAAUUUGAUUAAAUCAGUGAGCUAUUACAUUACAAUAAUACUAGAGGUUUUUGUAUUUUGCUUUGUAGGAGAAUUUUUAAGUGCCAAAAGCAAGUCGAUUAGCAACGCAGUGUAUGAGGCACUUUGGUAUAAUAUGCCGCCAAGCGACAGUCGCAUUAUGCUGUUUAUGAUAUUAAGAUGUCAGAAAAGAUUGACAAUCACUGCAGGAAGAUUUAUAGAUUUGACUUUAGAAGGAUUCACAAGUAUUGUAAAGGCUUCUGUCUCCUAUAUAUCAGUAUUAAAUGCGAUGUACUAA